GCGCCGAACUCCUUCUCCGCUACCCUUCCCUUAGAUCGUGUUCAACUUAUACUCUGCGCACAACCUAUAUCCGCACCUGAGCCGCACGGGCAGAGCAAUAUGAUGGCCAGCUUUAUGAGCUACUUUGGCGGGCGCCGCGAUACAAAGCAAUCCUCACGAGAUGCGAUUGUCACGCUGCGGCAGCAGCUGCAGUUGAUAGACAAGAAGGAGGAGUACCUGCAGAGGAAGAUCGAUGAGGAGAUGAGAAAGGCGAGGGCGAACGCUGUUACGAACAAGCCUGCUGCCACUGCCGCUCUGAGACGAAAGAAGGCGACGGAGCAGGAGCUCGAACGACUGCAGGGCACACGUUUCCAGCUCGAGAUGCAGGUAAAUACCCUAGAGUCGGCGAGCUUCAAUGCGGAGACUAUGGCGGCGAUGAAGAAAGCGAGCGGUGCUCUGAAGGACAUCCACGGCAGGCUAACAAUUGACAAGGUGGAUACGACGAUGGCUGAGAUCCAGGAGCAGACGCAACUGGCGAACGAAGUCUCAGAAGCCAUCUCGGCAGCCACAUAUUCCGGCGUGGACAUCGACGAGGAGGACCUGAAGGCUGAAUUGGCUGAUAUCGAGCAAGAUGAGUUGAACGAGAGGCUCAUGGGUGCAGAUCAUGUGCCAUUGCAUCUGCCCGCAGGUCCGAGCAAAGUGGAGGAAGGGCGGCAACCGGUUGCACUCGAGGACGAUGAGGAGGCGCAGCUCAAAGAGUUACAGGCAGCGCUGGCGAUGUAGUAUACCCAUUCAUGCACAUCGCCUCUCCCCCAUUCUUUCCUGACGUGUCUCUUGACUAAUCUGCUGUUGCCGUUACAUUAUAAUGCCGGGCCUUUUCUUUCUCCUGUUUCGUGUGUUUUAUUAGUGCUAUCACCGCUAUGAUGUGACAUUGUACGUCCCCUGCAUUUCUUAUAUCAUUCGUCGGAUGAGCGACGUCAGCCGUCGACUAGAGGGACUUGGACGCGAACAGGUCAAAGCAAGGCAACUAUGUACGUACAUAUACAUGUACACCAGGGAAGAGUCAUUAAGCAAUAAACAUGCAAGU